AUGCUCCUAGCCCGCUUAUCAGCCCUAAUUUUUUCACUCUGUAUGACUUGCGUCGCGGUGGCCGCAUCGCCCUUGCUCACCGGCCAUAAUUCCCAAGCCGUCGAGCGUCGUGGCCCCGAACUAGCUGCAAGACAUGGAUUCGAGGUACAACUCAUCCUUGGCAUCAUCGGCGAAGGGACCAAAAGUGAACACUGGGUCCUGGUCUUUGGUGAAACCUAUAUUCACGCCGUAGUCGACCCGUCCGUGGAUCCAGGACAUCUGUCUGUCCAAGGAGGAUUUGAAAGUUGGAACCCUCAUGAUUUUCAUCCUGUUGCUAAAGAGAUUCACCUGGGCAACGCCGUUUUCCGGGAUGAACACGAGCAGUGGGAAGUUAUCAAGAAUAUGCUAUACACGAAGGAUCCCUUGAAACUGGUUGUUCCUAGACUUGCCGAAGGUACUACGCAAGUCUUGCAGAUGCCCAUUCCUGUGAAGGAGAAGGGAGGAAACUGCAUGGACUUCCUCAAACGUGCAGUAGAGUAUAUGGCUGAAGGACACGGUUUGGACGGAAACGCGGAAGCUAAGAGGAAGUUCCUGGAAGCGUUUAAUGCCAGGUAUCACGAUGUAGCAAAGGUUGCCUUCAAUGUAGAUAUCCAACCGUAG